AUGGCGAGCGACUCCCCGGCUCGCAGCUUGGAUGAGAUCGAUCUCUCGGCUCUGAGGGAUCCUGCAGGGAUCUUUGAAUUGGUGGAACUUGUUGGAAAUGGAACAUAUGGGCAAGUGUAUAAGGGUCGCCAUGUCAAAACGGGCCAGCUUGCAGCCAUUAAAGUUAUGGAUGUCACAGGGGAUGAAGAGGAAGAAAUUAAACAAGAAAUUAACAUGUUGAAAAAGUAUUCUCACCACCGUAAUAUUGCUACAUACUAUGGUGCUUUUAUCAAAAAGAACCCACCUGGCAUGGAUGACCAACUCUGGUUGGUGAUGGAGUUUUGUGGAGCUGGCUCUGUCACUGACCUGAUCAAGAACACGAAAGGUAACACCUUGAAGGAGGAGUGGAUUGCAUACAUCUGCAGGGAGAUCUUACGAGGGCUGAGUCACCUGCACCAGCAUAAAGUGAUUCAUCGAGAUAUUAAAGGGCAAAAUGUCUUGCUGACUGAAAAUGCAGAAGUCAAACUAGUGGACUUUGGAGUCAGUGCCCAGCUGGAUCGAACAGUGGGCAGGAGGAAUACUUUCAUCGGUACUCCCUACUGGAUGGCACCGGAAGUUAUCGCCUGUGACGAAAACCCGGAUGCCACAUAUGAUUUCAAGAGUGACUUGUGGUCUCUGGGAAUCACCGCUAUCGAGAUGGCAGAAGGUGCUCCCCCUCUUUGCGACAUGCACCCGAUGCGAGCCCUCUUCCUCAUCCCCCGGAACCCUGCGCCGAGGCUGAAAUCUAAGAAAUGGUCAAAGAAAUUCCAGUCAUUUAUUGAGAGCUGCUUGGUGAAGAAUCAUAGCCAGCGACCAGCAACAGAGCAAUUGAUGAAGCACCCAUUUAUACGAGACCAACCUAAUGAACGACAGGUCCGCAUUCAACUCAAGGAUCAUAUCGAUAGAACAAAGAAGAAGCGAGGCGAGAAAGAUGAGACCGAAUACGAGUACAGCGGAAGUGAGGAAGAAGAGGAGGAGAAUGACUCUGGAGAGCCCAGCUCCAUUCUGAACCUGCCAGGAGAGUCCACCCUGCGGCGGGACUUCCUGCGGCUGCAGCUGGCCAACAAGGAGCGGUCCGAGGCCCUGCGGAGGCAGCAGCUGGAGCAGCAGCAGCGGGAGAACGAGGAGCACAAGCGGCAGCUGCUGGCCGAGCGCCAGAAGCGCAUCGAGGAGCAGAAGGAGCAGCGGCGGCGGCUGGAGGAGCAACAAAGGCGCGAGAAGGAGCUGCGGAAGCAGCAGGAGCGGGAGCAGCGCCGGCACUAUGAGGAGCAGAUGCGCCGGGAGGAGGAGCGGAGGCGCGCGGAGCACGAGCAGGAAUAUAAGCGCAAACAAUUGGAAGAACAGAGACAAGCGGAAAGACUGCAGAGACAGCUAAAGCAAGAGAGAGACUACUUGGUUUCCCUUCAGCAUCAACGGCAGGAGCAGAGGCCUGUGGAGAAGAAGCCGCUGUACCAUUACAAAGAGGGAAUGAGUCCUAGUGAGAAACCAGCAUGGGCCAAGGAGGUAGAAGAACGGACCAGGCUUAACCGGCAGAGUUCACCUGCCAUGCCUCACAAGGUUGCCAACAGGAUAUCUGAUCCCAACCUGCCCCCAAGGUCGGAGUCCUUCAGUAUCAGUGGGGUUCAGCCUGCUCGGACCCCCCCUAUGCUCAGACCAGUUGAUCCACAGAUCCCACAUCUGGUAGCUGUAAAGUCCCAGGGACCUGCCUUGACCGCCUCCCAGUCAGUGCACGAGCAGCCCACCAAGGGCCUCUCCGGGUUUCAGGAGGCUCUGAAUGUGACCUCGCACCGCGUUGAGAUGCCACGCCAGAACUCGGAUCCCACCUCGGAAAACCCUCCUCUCCCCACUCGCAUUGAGAAGUUUGACAGAAGCUCUUGGUUACGACAGGAAGAAGACAUUCCACCAAAGGUGCCUCAAAGAACAACUUCUAUAUCCCCAGCGUUAGCCAGAAAGAACUCUCCUGGAAAUGGUAGUGCUCUUGGACCCAGACUAGGAUCUCAGCCCAUCAGAGCAAGCAACCCUGACCUGAGGAGAACUGAGCCCAUCUUGGAGAGCCCCUUGCAGAGGACCAGCAGUGGCAGUUCGUCCAGCUCCAGCACCCCCAGCUCCCAGCCCAGCUCCCAAGGCGGCUCACAGCCCGGAUCACAAGCAGGGUCCAGUGAACGGACCAGGGUUCGAGCCAACAGCAAGUCGGAAGGAUCACCUGUGCUCCCCCAUGAGCCUUCCAAGGUGAAGCCAGAAGAAUCCAGGGACAUUACCCGAUCUGGUCGACCAGCUGAUCUGACGGCGUUAGCCAAAGAAUUACGAGAACUCCGGAUUGAAGAAACAAACCGCCCGCUGAAGAAAGUGACCGAUUACUCCUCCUCCAGCGAGGAGUCGGAAAGCAGUGAUGAAGAGGAGGAAGAUGGAGAGAGUGAGACCCAUGAUGGGACAGUGGCUGUCAGCGACAUACCCAGACUGAUACCGACAGGAGCUCCCGGGGGCACGGAGCAGUACAAUGUGGGCAUGGUCGGCUCGCACGGGCUGGAGACCUCUCACGCGGACACUUUCAGCAGCAGUAUUUCAAGAGAAGGAACCUUGAUGAUAAGAGAGACAUCUGGAGAGAAGAAGCGAUCUGGCCACAGUGACAGCAAUGGCUUUGCCGGUCACAUCAACCUCCCGGACCUGGUGCAGCAAAGUCGUUCCCCAGCCGGAACCCCCACCGAGGGCCUGGGACAUGUCUCUACCCUUUCCCAGGAAAUGGACUCUGGGUCUGAAUAUGGUAUGGGGAGCAGCACUAAAGCAUCUUUCACGCCCUUUGUGGACCCCAGAGUAUAUCAGACAUCUCCCACCGAUGAAGACGAAGAAGAUGAAGAAUCAUCAGCCGCGGCUCUAUUUACUAGCGAACUUCUUAGGCAAGAACAGGCCAAGCUCAAUGAAGCCAGAAAGAUUUCAGUAGUCAACGUAAACCCAACCAACAUCCGGCCCCAUAGCGACACACCAGAAAUCAGAAAAUACAAGAAACGCUUCAACUCAGAGAUACUUUGUGCAGCGCUGUGGGGUGUGAACCUCCUGGUGGGAACUGAAAAUGGCCUGAUGCUUUUGGACCGAAGUGGACAAGGCAAAGUCUAUAAUCUGAUCAACCGGAGGCGAUUUCAGCAGAUGGAUGUGCUAGAGGGACUGAAUGUCCUCGUGACAAUAUCAGGAAAGAAGAAUAAGCUACGAGUUUACUAUCUUUCAUGGCUAAGAAACAGAAUACUACACAAUGACCCGGAAGUGGAAAAGAAACAAGGCUGGAUCACUGUUGGGGACUUGGAAGGCUGUAUACAUUACAAAGUUGUUAAAUAUGAAAGGAUCAAAUUCUUGGUGAUUGCCUUAAAGAAUGCUGUGGAGAUAUAUGCUUGGGCUCCCAAACCAUAUCAUAAGUUCAUGGCAUUUAAGUCUUUUUCAGAUCUCCAGCACAAGCCACUGCUUGUAGAUCUCACAGUAGAAGAAGGUCAAAGAUUAAAGGUUAUUUUCGGUUCACACACUGGCUUCCAUGUAAUUGAUGUUGAUUCAGGAAACUCUUAUGAUAUCUACAUACCAUCUCAUAUUCAGGGCAAUAUCACUCCUCAUGCCAUUGUCAUCUUGCCUAAAACAGAUGGGAUGGAAAUGCUUGUUUGCUAUGAGGAUGAGGGGGUGUAUGUGAACACCUAUGGCCGGAUAACUAAGGAUGUGGUGCUCCAAUGGGGAGAAAUGCCCACGUCCGUGGCCUACAUUCAUUCCAAUCAGAUAAUGGGCUGGGGCGAGAAAGCUAUUGAGAUCCGGUCAGUGGAAACAGGACAUUUGGAUGGAGUAUUUAUGCAUAAGCGAGCUCAAAGGUUAAAGUUUCUAUGUGAAAGAAAUGAUAAGGUAUUUUUUGCAUCCGUGCGAUCUGGAGGAAGUAGCCAAGUGUUUUUCAUGACCCUCAACAGAAAUUCCAUGAUGAACUGGUAA